AUGACGAUGGAGGCACCCGCCGCUUUCUCCUGGGUGAGUUACGACAACCAUAGAGUCCCCCAGGAUCCCAAGUCGCGCACCUUGAUCCGUCGCCAUGCCAUGAAAAAUGUGGCCACCACGAGAAAGCAAAGGAAAAAUUAUCGCGGCAAUGUCAUUCAGUAUCCAGAGUCCGUAUUACAAGGAGAAGAUGAUCCAAGUCUUUGCGAUGGCUCCAAACCCUCUGUAAAAGGAGGCAAAAGCCAGCCACACAAGUAUAAGUCGACGAAGAAGAAGAAGAAGAAAGCGGUAGACGACACACAAACUACGAAGCAGCAAAUCAUCACGCGGGAUUUGGUCACGAACUGUCCUUCUGAGGAGGAAGAUGGAAUAGUCUUUUGUCACUAUGCCAAGGCUCUAAAAGAAGUUCAGAAAGCAAUCGAUGAUGACGCACUCCGAAUGUCUCAAGAGACGCUGUACGCCACAGAGCUGCUUGGCAUCUUUGAGCUUCUGAAUCCUCAACCGCAGAUGAAUUCUUGGAUAUGCCAUGCUGGAGGCGCUGCCAGGCUGAUUCAGCUUCGUGGGCCCGACAGGUUUCAGACAGACUUUGAAUUGGCCUUGUUCAUGGCCCAUAUUGGCCCAAUAGUCACCGAAGCAUUCCUCAGCAAUAAACUCUGUUUCCUAGCCGAAGAGCCAUGGAAAAGAGUCCUGCGCGCCGCCAUCUGCAACGACCCAUCGAUACCUUCGACGCAGAGCGAGCUCAUGCAUGAGCUGUGGUCUAGCCUCAUCUAUGGGCCAAACAUAUUCAAGCUGGUCACGGAUUUGGUUCUGGCACCCGUCGAGCCCCGGCCAUCCAUCAUCGAAACGACAAUCAAGCGUAUCCAGAGAGACCUUGAUCACCUGGAUAUGUGGGCAGGCUUACUGCGACGACACAAAUCUGUGGCGGACAAAAUUUGUUCAAGAGAUAGUCCUUUGAUGUCAUCAAAGUUUGCUGCUGAUUGGGACUCCUCAAAAAGAUAUGUGCCGUGGCAGGUCUUGCAAGGCACUCAUACCAUGUGCAGUAUGUUAAAGAGGCGGCUGCUGACUUCUCUUGCGCCAUCUCGCUAUCCUCACAUUGAGCUGGAGUGCCAAUCACUGGCUAGACUUGCCAUGGGGUUGGAUUCCGAUCCUGCUACUCCAAGCAAGGAAAAUGAUCUUCCAGGAGGACUGUUUAUGGCGCAAACUAUCUGGGUAGCUAGAGCUGUCGUCAAUACAAAGAGUAUGUGGUGUGAAACUGGGGCGGGAAGAAACGAAGCGGGAGUACAGGAUGGGCAGCAAAGAUCAAUGAUUGAGAAGUGGAAGUUUAGGCUCUGGUGUAAAGAGCUUGGGAGAACAGGGAUGUAA